GGGAACAAACCGGUUUUCUUUUUUUCAGGAGAGCCCGUUUACCUUCAGUCUGAGAGUCUACUGGGCGGAGGGACUGAGGAGUUUGUUCACGACGAGAACCAAUAGAUUUUUUCGCUCAUGGCAGUGCAGAAAUAAAUAAAAAUAAUCUGGAUUGUGGAAAAAGGAACGAAUUUGAAAAUAAGAUACAGUUGAGGGCGCCGGUCAUGGAUAAGGAUAAGGAAAGGUGGUCCACGAGAUGGAAAACGAAAAACUGGUUUAGGAACUCCGCUUUAAGUGCAAUCUUCAGUCUGACUUUUGUCCUACAGGCAACACAUGUGAGAGCAGCUGAACCGGUGGAUGUGCUCAAGGUCUUAGAUUUUAAAAGUUCACCAGAAGGAGUGAAGAAAACACAAGGCUUCUGCACCAUCCGGAGAGGAUCCAAACCAGAUGUGGCCUACCGAGUGGACAAACAGGCUCAACUCAGUACUCCAACCAAGCAGCUCUUCCCAGGAGUAUUCCCUCAGGAUUUCUCCAUCCUUAUGACGAUCAAACCAAAGGCGGGAGUACAGUCCUUCCUUUUGUCGGUAUACAACGAGCAGGGCAUCCAGCAGCUGGGUGUGGAGGUGGGCCGCGCGCCGGUCUUCCUGUAUGAGGAUCAGCAUGGGAAGCCCGCUCCUGAGGAUUACCCGCUUUUCCGUGCCAUUAACCUUGCAGAUGGAAAGUGGCACCGUGUGGCUAUUAGCAUCGAAAAGAAGACCGUCACAAUGAUUGUGGACUGUAAGAAGAAGAUCUCUAAACCACUCAGCAGAAGUGACCAUGCAAUCAUUAACACCGAUGGCAUCACUGUCUUCGGGACCAGAAUCCUGGACGAGGAAGUUUUUGAGGGAGACAUCCAGCAGCUUCUUUUGGUGGCAGAUGCUCGUGCAGCCUAUGACUACUGUGAACACUACAGCCCUGACUGUGAAACACCCCAUCAAGAGACACCACAGGCCCAGGAACCUGAGGAAGAGUACAAUACUGAAUACACAGAUUAUAAUGAGUUCUAUGACUACACAGAAGAAGGGACUGCCACUGAAAAUCCCACUGACAAUGUCGGUACUGAGACCAAGCCCAGCACUGCUGACACUGGAGACUACUAUAUUGAGCAGGACUAUGGCACUGAAGCCCCUCCUGUUAUCAUUCCAGCCAAUGAGAAUCCAUCUCCAAAAGAAGAAAUAGUAGACGACUACAUUACAGGGAUAGAAGAAGUUGGAGUGGAUCCCACCGUUGCCACCAAUGAGAAUGUGGAUAUUGUGGAGUCCAAAAGCACUAAUGGUGCAGAAAACCAGGACUUUAAGGAAUACGACAUUAACGAAUAUGAUGCAAAAGAGGUAGACCCCAGCAUUUAUGAAGAUUCGUUCUAUGACUACAAUACUAAUGGAGCUAAACCUACCGGAUCAACCUACGAGAGCGAGUUUGGACCGGGCCGACCUGCUGAAACACAGGUCACAGAGAGCAAUGUUGGUGGUGGCUAUGGUGGUGAAAAGGGGCAAAAAGGGGAACCUGCAGUCAUUGAGCCGGGGAUGCUGGUAGAGGGACCCCCAGGACCACCAGGUCCCCCUGGUCUCCCCGGCACUCCAGGUAUACAAGGCUCCUCAGGCCUCUACGGAGAUCCUGGUGAGAGGGGCCCUCCUGGUCGUCCUGGUUUGCCAGGCGCAGAUGGAGCUCCGGGGCCCUCUGGCACCAUCCUCAUGUUGCCGUUCCGCGCUGGUGGAGAAGCUCACAAAGGUCCAGUGGUGACGGCACAAGAAGCUCAGGCCCAAGCCAUCCUCGCCCAGGCUCGGUUGACUAUGAGGGGACCACCUGGCCCAAUGGGAUUGACAGGACGUUCCGGCCCUCUGGGUGGUCCUGGUGCACCUGGUGCUAAAGGGGAAAGUGGAGAUUCUGGCCCACAGGGACCGAGAGGACUUCAGGGCCCUACUGGACCACAUGGAAAAGGAGGCAAGAGGGGCCGAAAUGGAGCCGAUGGAGCCAGAGGAAUUCCUGGAGAAUCAGGAGCCAAGGGGGACCGAGGAUUUGAUGGACUUCCUGGUCUUCCUGGUGAGAAAGGACACAGGGGUGAGGGAGGUCCUAUCGGCUCACCAGGCCCUCCAGGAGAGGAUGGACCGAGGGGCGAGGAUGGUGAGAUUGGACAGAGAGGAAUGCCAGGAGAAAGUGGUCCAAGAGGACUGCUGGGCCCCAGAGGUUCUGCUGGGACCUCUGGACAGCGUGGUCUUCCUGGAUUGGAUGGACCACCUGGCCCUAAAGGAAAUAUGGGUCCUCAAGGAGAGCCUGGACCUUCUGGGCAACAGGGGAACACCGGUCCACAUGGUCUGCCUGGUCCUCAAGGCCCGAUCGGUCCACCUGGAGAGAAAGGUCCCAAUGGGAAACAGGGGCUCCAUGGACUGGCUGGGGCUGAUGGGCCUCCCGGUCAUCCUGGGAAGGAGGGUUCUCCCGGGGAGAAAGGAGCAGCUGGCCACUCAGGUCCCCAGGGGUCCAUUGGCUAUCCCGGUCCCCGAGGCGUGAAGGGUGCAGAGGGCGUUCGUGGCUUGAAAGGGGGCAAAGGAGAAAAGGGAGAAGAUGGUUUUCCUGGGUUCAAGGGUGACAUGGGCCUCAAGGGUGAUAAGGGAGAGGUUGGCGUGUUGGGCCCCAGAGGAGAAGACGGACCAGAGGGGCCGAAAGGUAAAGGAGGUCCCUCUGGAGAGGCUGGUCCCAUGGGCAUGGCAGGAGAGAAGGGAAAACUUGGUGUUCCAGGUUUGCCUGGCUACCCAGGAAGACAAGGUCCUAAAGGCUCAACUGGUUUCGUUGGCUUCCCUGGAGCCAAUGGUGAGAAGGGAGCAAGGGGUAUUGCUGGUAAAGCAGGUCCACGAGGACAAAGAGGACCAACGGGUCCCCGUGGUGGAAGAGGUGCCAGAGGUCCAACGGGAAAACCUGGAGCAAAGGGAACAGCAGGAAAUGAUGGACCAGCUGGUGGCCCAGGAGAGAGAGGACUCCAAGGACCUCAGGGCCCUGUUGGAUUAACAGGCCCUAAAGGACCACCUGGGCCUCCUGGAAAGGAUGGAUUGCCCGGUCACCCUGGACAGCGAGGAGAGACUGGUUUCCAAGGAAAGACUGGACCUCCUGGACCUGGAGGUGUUGUUGGCCCACAGGGCUCUACAGGAGAAACUGGACCUGUUGGAGAGAGAGGACAUCCUGGAUCACCAGGACCCCCUGGAGAGCAAGGUCUUCCCGGAGCUGCUGGCAAAGAAGGUGGAAAGGGUGAUCCAGGUCCUCAGGGGGUUUCUGGGAAACCUGGCCCUGCCGGACUAAAAGGGUUCCCAGGCCAAAGGGGGAUUCCUGGCACAGCGGGUCCAUCUGGUCUGAAGGGAGGCGAGGGUCCACAGGGUCCACCCGGUCCUAUUGGGUCACCAGGAGAGAGAGGAGCAGCUGGACCCGGAGGACCCAUUGGUCUAACAGGACGCAAUGGCCCUCAAGGACCCCCAGGACCUGCUGGAGAGAAGGGUGCUCCGGGUGAGAAAGGACCUGCUGGUCCUGCCGGCCGGGAUGGCAUCCAAGGUCCAGUCGGACUCCCAGGCCCAGCCGGACCUCAGGGUCAACCUGGAGAGGAUGGUGACAAGGGAGAAGUUGGAGAACCAGGUCAAAAGGGAAGCAAGGGUGACAAAGGCGAACAUGGUCCACCAGGUCCAGUAGGUCCUCAGGGUGUAAUUGGAGCUCCAGGUCCUGCUGGUUUGCCAGGACCACCAGGUGAGAAAGGAGAGAAUGGAGACGUCGGCCCAAUGGGUCCACCUGGUCCUCCUGGUCCCAGAGGUCCUCAAGGUCCUAGUGGAGCGGAUGGUGCUCCUGGCCCUCCCGGAGGUAUUGGUGCAAUGGGUGGAAAUGGUGAAAAGGGUGAGACCGGUGAGGCAGGCAAUCCAGGACCACCAGGAGAACCUGGUUCAGUAGGACCCAAAGGUGAGCUUGGAGAGAAAGGGGAAGCUGGCCCUCCUGGAGCUGCAGGACCUGCUGGUGCAAGAGGACCCCCUGGAGAUGACGGUCCCAAAGGAAACCCAGGUCCUAUUGGCUUCCCUGGAGAUCCAGGUCCUCCUGGUGAGCCCGGAGCAGGUGGACUGGAUGGCCUUCCCGGAGACAAGGGAGAUGAUGGAGAGGCCGGUCAGCCUGGUCCACCUGGUCCAUCUGGUGAAGCUGGUCCUCCAGGACCCCCUGGAAAGCGAGGUCCUGUUGGUCCAGCUGGUACAGAAGGCAGACAAGGAGAGAAGGGCGCAAAGGGUGAGGCCGGUGCUGAAGGACCAGCGGGCAAAACUGGGCCUGUGGGCCCCCAGGGGCCUCCUGGAAAGUCUGGAGCUGAAGGCUUACGUGGCAUCCCGGGGCCUGUGGGUGAGCAGGGACUACCUGGAGCUGCUGGCCAAGACGGUCCUCCUGGACCAUUGGGUCCUCCUGGUCUUCCUGGCUUGAAAGGUGACCCUGGUACUAAGGGUGAGAAGGGUCAUCCAGGUCUGAUUGGUCUGAUCGGUCCUCCCGGUGAGCAAGGAGAGAAGGGUGACCGAGGACUGCAAGGAACUCAGGGACUUGGUGGAGGCAAGGGUGAUGCUGGUCUCGUUGGUGCUUCUGGUCCCCUCGGUCCCCCAGGUCCUCCUGGUAUUCCUGGAACACAAGGACAGAAAGGAUCCAAAGGAUCAACUGGUUCAGCUGGCCAGAAGGGAGACCCUGGCCUGAUAGGACCACCAGGUCCUCCUGGCCCAGCUGGUGAUAUCAUUCAGCCCCUCCCCAUCCAGACAAGUAAAAAAUCGCGGAGGUCACCUGACAUGCAGGAUGACGAAGCAGCGGGAAUGAUGGAUUAUGGUAUGGAGGGAAUGGAGGAUGUGUUUGGAUCCCUCAACACCCUCAAGCAGGACAUUGAACGCAUGAAGUUCCCACUGGGGACCCAGGAUAACCCAGCCAGAACCUGCAAAGACCUGCAGCUCAGCCAGCCAGACUUCCCUGAUGGACAUUACUGGAUCGAUCCAAAUAUGGGAUGCAUGGGAGAUGCCUUCAAAGUGUACUGUAACUUCACUGCAGGAGGAGAAACUUGCAUUUACCCCGAUAAAAAGUCCUCAGGGGUUAGAAUAUCAAACUGGCCAAAGGAGUCCCCAGGAUCUUGGUUCAGUGAAUUUAAGCGUGGAAAAAUUUUGUCUUAUGUGGAUGUUGAGGAGAGCUCAAUAACCUCAGUCCAGAUGACGUUCCUCAAGUUGCUCAGCUCUUCUGCCCGGCAGAACUUCACAUACAUUUGCCAUCAGUCUGUGGCCUGGUAUGACGCCAAGGCUGACAACUAUGACAAGGCGCUGCGCUUCCUGGGCUCUAAUGAUGAGGAAAUGUCGUAUGACAACAACCCCUUCAUCAAGGUUCUUUCAGAUGGCUGCUCGCUGAAGCAGGGAUAUUCGAAGUCUGUGAUGGAAAUUAAUACUCCUCGCAUCGACCAGGUGCCUAUCAUCGAUGUCAUGUUGAAUGACUUUGGGGAAUCCAGUCAAAGGUUUGGCUUUGAGGUAGGCCCUGUCUGCUUCCUCGGCUGAAGGACACCCCCUCUUACCUUUAUGGCAAAGGUCAAGGAGUGUGGCCAGCCAAACAGACCCCCUCCUUGCGCCACAAACACACACACCAGCACCCGCACUGUGUAAUCGGAAAUGGAAUAUUCAUCAAACGACUGAAACCUGCAAUUGGAAUAAACCAGAAAGAGGACACGAACUACCUGGUGGACAAUGGCGCACUUUCAGGAGAAGGAGGAGGACCCAUUCCUUUACCAAUUUUCCAAACUUGUUUUUUUUUUUCUCCACUUGAACUCUUAAGCCUUGUUGUUUGUCCUAUUCCAACUUUAAUCCCAGCACCAUUUACUCCUGAUCCCAGUCCUUCCCCAAGCUCCAAUCCAAUUAAUUCCCAAUCCCAUUCCUUCCCGUUUUCCCUGUAUACAUUACAGAUCCUCCUCCAGGUGCUGCCCUGAGCAAGACAACCACAGUGGUGUGCUCUUGUUGUAAACACCCAAACACUUAAGGUGCUAUUGAAAGUGCAUUUUUUUGGUAAAACUGUAAUUAUUAUUUUGUACAAUACUGUUCUUUAAUGAUUGCCUUUAAAUCUUGCAUGUGCGUCAAAAUUGAUUUGAUGAAAUAUUGAUAACUAUCAAGAGUAUUUUCUCUAGAAUUUUGUUGUUGUUGUUGUUUUCAUGUUUGAAAGCCAACAGUGCAACAGAUUUCUUCACAAGAUGUCAAUCAAUAAGUGUCCCUGCCAACUAUAAAAUAAAACAAGCAUUUCAAACCAUCCAGAUUUGUAAUUAUAAAGUAUCCAUUUUGUAAAUAUUGACCAAUUUAAGCACUUGAAGUUUCCAUAUUUUUUUGUCCAGUAAUAUAUGGGCGUGUCUAACGUAGUGAAGGAUUAAUGGUCUUCCACUAGUUUUCUUUUGUUCUCAAGUGGUAGCAAUAAUGCUGUGGUAAUCAGUGACUCUACAAUGCUAAAGAAACUUGAUGAAAAGUAACUUGAUGUCAGAUUGAAUUUCUUGACACUAUACCUCAAUCUCUUAAAAGACGUAUCCAAUUCAAAGAUGUUCAACCCUGUACAUACAGAGCCUUGGUUAGAAAAUCAAGUUUAUAUAUUUGAGGCAGGGAAUUUUAAAAUAAAAAAGACUAUUUGUUAAACUUUUGUUUGGUUAUUUUGUGAUUGCUAUAAUUACCCCUUCUAGAUCUAAAGCAGAAACAACUAUUUUGAGGUGCUUUUCAUCGAUAUAACAGAUUCUGGACAGUAUUGUAUUAAAAUUGAUAAUUGUUUACUGUUUGUAUGAAUCACAUCUGUGUGAUUCCUCAGUCACACUUUUUUUGUGCUGUAUGUGCAAAAGCUUGUUGCAUUCUUCAUAUUUAAAGUUUCUGUGCUGAAAUGUGUUCAGGUUUUGUGGUUCUGUAAUGCUCAGGCUUUGUUUUGAUUGCUUUAGUUUUUCUCGUGCUUCCAUUGUUUUUACGGUUCUGUCUGUGUCCCUGAAAACCCUUCAAAUAUAUGACAAUAGACUCAGAACUUACACGUCUGUGUAACAUACUUAUAAUUUAUGUAAAACUUGGAAUAAAUGAUCGG